AUGUCUAACCAGGAUUUCUACGCCUACUUAUUCGCCAGUGGAGGUCGGAUUAACAACGAUGCAUCGGGGGCGAUUACUUCCAGCCGAAAUGCUCGACGAUACGAAAGCGACGCCCAUCGACGUGAAGACCGGGAAAUAACGGAGGAGCCAGAGCAGUACGACUAUCUCUUGGACAGCCCUUGUAUUGGGCUCAAGUUUAGUGAUGGUGCCAAGACAAACAACAGUGUGGUGAUAGGAUGGGGCUCUAAUUGUGACAUUGUCUUGUCUAAGAAAAGGGGUAUUAGUAGGUACCACGCGGCCCUGACCUUCAACAAGAAUAACUGUUUGGUCGUCAGGGACUUAGGCUCCAGGUGUGGAACGAGAGUCACCUAUGAUGGAGAGAAGGCGGAGCCUGGAUUCUCGAUGGACUGGGUAGUUGGUGGUGUUGAUUUUGUCAAGGACAAGACGCCAGUACUCGAAAUCAGCCAAAACGUCAAGUUCAAGCUCGUUGUGCCUCACCACGAUAUCAAAUCGCAGCAACACAUCGACAACGUGGCAAAGUUCCGCCAAGGGACAGAAGACAUAGUAGAUCUAGCCCAAUUGAUCGAGGUUCGGAGCUAUCCGGCAACUGAGCUUCUCACCGCACUCGGGACAUCCCCCCCAUCGACAAGGCCAUCAAACCCGGCUCACUGCACGAAAGUGCUUGGCGAGGGUGCUUUUGGUAUCAUGACACAUAUGUUCAUGGUCCAAACUGGAGAAGAGUACGCUGUAAAGGAGCCCAAGAAUAAGUCCAAGAACGGCUACAGACUGGAGGAUUGGAAAAAGGAAGCUGAUAUCCUUUCAGAUAUUCAACAUGACAAUAUUGUGGCGCUUCUGGACGCUAAGUUUGAUCCUUGGCCACAGCUGUUCUUUGAGUAUGCCAAUGGAGGCUCCCUCAGCUACCACCCGGUUAUCUCGGAUCUCGAAGAAAUACGAUAUAUGCGUCAGUUGCUCUCCGCUAUGGCUGCUAUGCAUAAACGCUGUCCGCCAAUCGUCCAUCGGGAUAUUAAGCCCGAUAACAUCCUGUGCUUCUUCUCUCCCGAUGGCACUAUGAGCGUCAAAUUUGCGGACUUUGGCUUGGGCAAAAACUCAGAACAACUCGAGACAUACUGUGGCACGCCAGCGUACAUGGCCCCCGAGAUAUGCGCCAAACGCCAAACAGAGAGGACAAACGAACACUUCUACACCCCAGCCGUCGAUGUCUGGUCUCUUGCUGUGGUCUUUGCUGAAAGGCAAAAUGGCUUCCCGGAACACCCCAAUUCGUAUGAUUUGAACCCAACAGCCUGGAGCACGGCUGUAUGGAAGCACUGCCGGGACAAAUCUCAAGGAGGCAGCGAGAUAAUGUCGUUCAUUAUGGACAACAUGCUACAUAUCAAUCCGAAUUCGCGAAAGACAGCAUCGUACUGCGACGAAAAGGCGGUCCAACUAUUGAAUAAACUUUCUCGAAACCCCAAGUUGGAUUGGUCGAAGACGGCCCCAUCGGAGCGCACAGAUUCGUUCCGUUCGCUAAUCGCGGAACUCGGCUAUCGGGGCUCUUCCAAGAUCGACUCCAUCGUCAAUCCGUCCGACAGCGACGGCGAUGACAACGAAGACUCUUAG